AUGGCGACCACGGAGGAGAUCGUGGCGCAGAUUCAAGCGUUGCAGCGAGAGCUGCAGGAGAGAGCGGUUCAGGCAACUUUGGAGGAGAUGGUGAACACGCAGACGGCCAUCUUGGCAGCAUCUAAGAAGCCUGACAGGAAAUUGACUUUGGUAGACAACCGCGGGUUGGCAAAACCAAACAACUACGAUGGAAGUGCGGAUUUCUUGCAGUGGAAGAUCCGACUUGAGGCGUUUGUGGAGUCAGUCCAUGACGACUUUGGGAAAGCUAUGGCAUGGGCGGAAGAUGAAACCGACCCAAUCAGCACCUCUUCAAUGACAGCCGAGUUUGGAGACGUCAAUCCUGCUCAGGAGACAAUCCCAGACUUGGAAGCCAAGGACGCGCAGCUUUACGCAGUCCUUCAGACGCUCUGCGAGAAGGAAGCGUUCACGCUGGUUAGAAGCUCAGGGAAAGGAAAGGGCUUAGAGGCUUGGAGAAGACUUUGCAAGAGGUACGACCCGUCGACAGGAGGACGCCGACGAGCGUUGCUCCGUAGCGUGCUCAGUCCUAAUCGUUGUGGCAAGGUGGAAGAGCUCAGUGCAGCGGUCGAAAACUGUGAAGACCAGGUUAGACAAUACGAGAAUCGCCGCAAAACUGAUGGUCACUUCAAGUCCGACUGCUGGGCACCAGGUGGAGGAAAAGCUUCUUCGCAGGGAAAGUCUGGUAAGCAAGGAAAAGGGCAGAAAGGCGGUCAGCAGUCCAACUCAGGUGGAAAGAAAGGACCUCUGAAAGGAUCGAAAGGAGGAAGGAAAGGAGGUGGAAAGGCCACCAAAGGUAAAGACAAAGGCAAAGGAAAGAACAACAAAGGUAAAGGAAAAGCUAUGGGCAAUGUUGAAGCUGAGAAGGAGCCAGAAGCUGAGGAGCAGGAAUUCCUCCCACGUGGCACAGAUGCCGGGUUGCGAGACUCUGGAACUGGUUCGUCCGGAGAUCGCUCGGUCGACAUGAUGGUGAGGCUGAUCGACGAGAACUACCGGCUGCGCGACCAGCUGAAGGCCCAAGAAGACCGAGGACAGAAAAGCUCGGAACGUGACAGGAGCCGUCGAAGACGUUCCUCACCCAAAAGGGAGCCAGAGCCCGAAGAAAGAUCCCGUGACAGGUCAAGGCGCAAGCGGCAUGACUCCAAGCCGAGGCGCGAUCGUGAUGAUGACAGACAUGGGAGACGCCGGGCCAGAAGUGAGAGCAGCGGCAGGAAUAGGGAGCUGGUGGACAGGGGUAGCGUUGGCGACUACUUGAAGAACAAGGCCGAAGCCAGAAAGGCUGGUGAAGCAAGAUCUCCGACUGCUUCGGUUGGAGACUUGCCGCCCGAUGUGAGGAGACCCAGAAGUCCUCCCGGGCCACCUCCGCACAAGCGGAAGAAGCUCGAGAUCAAGCCAGAGAAGAAGGAUGAGGUCGAGCCAGAGGAGCGCACCGAUGCCAAGAACACGAAGCCCAAGAGCGAAGGGGCGCCAGCGAUCAAGGCGAAACCAAAGCCCAAGUCGAACUCAGGGCUCACCAGUGGUUCACUCUCGGUGCUGCUUCGUGGCACACUUGCCACACAGCUGAUGCUGGACGCCGAGAAGACCGAUGACCCCGAGCUGAAGAAGGAACUUGAACGCCAGAGGAACGAGCUGCAGCAGCGUGCACCAAGAAGGUCAGUGAUCACGGCAGAGAACAUCAACGACCAGUCGUUCCAUGACCCCAGGUACUAUGCGGAUGUUGCGUCUGGCAAGGCGCACCACAUCGCGUGGAAGAACGCGAAGGGCCGUCGUCGAGCCAUCUUGGACCGUAAAGGUGGUGUCAUCGACCGUUCCAAGAAGCAUGAUGUGGAAGGUCUCGGGGCCGAUGUGGAGACCGAGAUCAUCGACGAGAGGCGACGUGACAAGGACAAGCCUCUGGAACCUCAGAAAGAGGCUGUGGCUUUGAGCUGCCGGGAGAAGGAAUCCUUCCGGCAGUUUCCCAAGGACGAGGAGGAGACCUUGGAGAAGCCCACGAAGAAGAAGGAACAAGGGCCGAGAAUCAGAGGGCCCGACUACUACCGUCGGAAGAAUGCCGCCCGACGUGAGAGACAGAAGGCCGAGAAGGCCGAGCAGCGGGCGAAGGAAAAUGAAGGCCGAGACCGUGACCGACGUCACGGAUGGGAUCCAGAAGAAGAAGAAGACGAUGGUGGUGGUGACACCGAGAGCAACAGCAACUACCUCAGUUCGCUCUUGGCUCCUCUGGGUGGAUCGCCCGGAGAGCCACACGUGGUGGAAGAGCGUGAUGGAUGGAAGAGGAUUGAGGUGAAUCUGGACACGGGAGCCGCCGCGACGGCGAUCCCGACAGAUUUGAACCUGGAUGGAUAUGCCCGGUCCCCACCACAGGACGUCAAUUACAAGACGGCGUCAGCAGAGUGUCUUGCUGACGAAGGUGGUGUAGUGCUUAAGGGCACAGAUGUCUACGGAAGUGUCAAGGUGUUGGAAGGGCGUGUGACCGGAGUCCAUCGCACUUUGGCAUCAGGCGCAAAGGUUGCGCGACAUCACUAUAUGGCGCUGGGAGCACAUGGAGGUCAACUCAUUCCCAGGAACUCCCAAGCUGGAAAGGAAUAUGCAGCCUUCAUGGAGAAGCUGCACCAGAAGUACAAUUGCAUGACACCUGUCAAGGUCCGCAAUGGGAUCUACUUGAUGGACUUUUGGAUCGCACCUGGUACCUCGGACCAAGACGUGCUAAUUGCUGCUUAA